GGAGGGGGCGCUUGCGUUUGCGGGUUGGUAAUGCGGCAAUAGGCCUGCUUUCGCUCAGCGAUCGCCAUUAACAAGAUAAAAAAAACCCUAAAAUAGUGGCCAACGCGGCAGCUAGAGAACUUAAAUAAAACGCAAGAAGCUGUUUAAGUUAGGGAGGUCAGUUGCUAUUUUUUUAGUUUUUUUUAUUUUUCAGAGCAGACCAUGAUGAGUGGGAUCCCCGGUACCCCUGUCAUUCAGAUUACUAACCUUUCCCCAGCAGUGAGCAGCGAGCAGAUGCGGACUCUCUUCGGGUUCCUCGGAGAAAUCGAGGAGCUGCGGCUCUACCCACCGGACAAUGCUCCACUUCCUUUUUCCUCGAAAGUAUGUUAUAUAAAAUAUCGAGAGCCUUCAAGUGUUGGUGUGGCCCAGCAUUUAACCAACACAGUUUUUAUUGACAGAGCUCUGAUAGUAGUGCCCUGUGCCGAAGGUAAAAUCCCAGAAGAAGCCAAAGCCCUGUCCCUUUUAGCUCCUGCCACUACAGUGGCCAGUUUGAUACCAGGUGCAGGGCUGUUGCCAAUACCCACACCAGCCCCCAUCCCAUCCCUUGGUAUCCCAAUUGGCAAUCUGGGAGCGUUGCAGGCUGGCCUCGACCCUACUGUGGCAGCACUAGGAGGAAUCCCGGCACAACCCCCUUUGAUGGGAAAUGUGGACCCUUCUAAAAUUGAUGAGAUCAGAAGAACUAUUUAUGUUGGCAACUUGAAUUCUCAGACCACAACAGCUGAGCAGCUGCUGGAAUACUUCAAGCAAGUUGGAGAUGUGAAGUUUGUGCGCAUGGCUGGGGACGAGACCCAGCCCACUCGCUUUGCCUUUGUGGAGUUUUCAGAUCAGGAGUCUGUACCAAGAGCCCUGGCUUUCAAUGGUGUCAUGUUUGGAGACAGACCCUUAAAAAUAAACCACUCCAACAAUGCCAUUGUGAAGCCUCCAGAGCUCACACCUCAGGCUGCAGCCAAGGAGCUAGAGGAUGUGAUGAAGAGAGUGCGGGAGGCACAAUCCUUUAUAUCUGCAGUUAUUGAACCAGCAGAAUCUGGGAAAAGCAGUUCCACCGGUAGCAAAAAAGCUGCCAAAUCUCGAACCAGAUCCCGGUCUCAUUCUCGAUCUAGAAGGAAGAGAUCUCGGUCCAGGCACAGAGCGUCCAGGAGAUCCCGAUCCAAAGUCCGCGAAUCUCACGGCUCUUGGAGUUCCCACAAAAAGCAUUCUCGCUCCAGAGAAAGAAGGCACUCCAGAAGUCGAUCCAGGUCUCGUGAAAGAAAGAAGGAGAAGGAAAGCAAAUCAAAAGGCAAAGAGGAGAGCUCAAAAGACAAAGAGGAGAGGAGACAAAAAGACAAGAAGGGGAAGACUCCGCCGAAGAGCUACACCUCGUCUCGAAGAUCGCGAAGUCCUAGCAGAACCCACAGAAAGAGGAGUAGAAGUCGGUCUAAAUCCUUGAAGAGAUCCAGGACACCUAAAAGGAAAGUAAAAUCUCCUUCUCCAAGGAGAAGUAAGAAAGACAAGAAGAAGGAGAGGGUCAGGGAACGGAGCAGGGAAAGAGGUGAAAGGGAAAGGUCAACAUCCAAGAAGAAGCCCAGCAAAGACAAAGAAAAACAGGAGAAAGCUGUCACGCCCAUCAAGGUGGACAAACAUUCGGAUAAGGAAGAAAAGGAAUAUGAAGGUGGCAAGGACAGCAUCAAGGCGAGGAGUGGCGACCAGGCAAAGAUACAGCACAAUGGCAGCUAUAGUAAACAUGAAGGAAACCCUCCAGUCAAAACAGAAGCAGCAGAGUAAAGGCGAGGACUAUGGUAUCGGGACAAGGCAGAAUGGCUGGGAUUUCAGCCAGGUCUAGUUUGGAAGCAAAAUAAUCCAGAGGCCAGAGAACGAAGUCAGCCACUUCCGAAAGAAUUCCUGGCGGAAGCCUGUAAUGUCAAGUCCUGAAAUAAGAUGGUAUAUAAAAUUCUGUGUUUUGUAUAACUGAUAUUCUUUAAAAAAAAACCAUAGCAUAAUUUUUUUAGUACUGUGAAUCUAUGUAUCAUAUGAUAUUCAUAUGGAAGAUGCACAUUAACAUUGACAGUUUUUGCUAAUUUCGUAGAACUGUAAAAGUUAUAAAAAAAACUUCGGUAAGAAUUUAGCUUGUCUACUUAAAAGGUGUACUUUAGUGCUGCGUAGUUCUUUUUGCAAAUUAGAUUUGUACUGCCAUUUUAUACUUUUGUUUAAGUAAUCGUUUUGAAUUUUUGUUCUAAGGUCGACGAUUGGUUCCCACUCAACACUUUCUUUUUCGUGUUGCUUCUGACUAUGGCCUAACUGGAAAUUUAAUUGUUUUAAACUUUUUAAUUAGAACCACUGAAUUGUGUGUAAUGGAAGUAUUACAUUUUUGCAGUUUGACUAAAGCCACUUCAUCCCGUAAAAUAUCCUGAUAUAGUUUGAUAUUGACACUAGAAAAUAAUGCCUUAAAAUGGCAUCAGUCUACACAAUUUCUUUGUGGUUUUAUGUUAAUGCAAAACGUGUACAAAGCAAGACCUAAUCUCUGUAUUUUCUCAAGUACUUCAAAUGUGAAAAGUGCCUAGACUGCAAUUAUAACAUACAAGCCCAGGCAUUUUAUUACGUAACAUUGUAAGGCGAUUUUUCCUUUGAUAAGAUGUAAAAAGCUGGUUAUCCUUUAUCUGCAGUAUAGAAAUCACCUGAUGCUACGAGAACAAAGAGUGAAUGAAAGGUAUUAAAUGGCUGUUUUAAUGAUGCAUAAUUCUCCUUUAUUGGUACAGUUCACAACAGGAAAUUUGGACAGUAGUGAUCGUGUCUUUGUGCUUUGACAACAGUGUUGGUAAAGUUUCAGCUAUAGUGUGCUAUUGAAUUGAAAUUCAGCUCUGUCAGGCACAAUUUCCACAGACCCACCAGGAUUAGUCAAUGUUUGAGUCAAGAAUUGGGGUUUAUUUAUUUUUACAUUUCAGACAUUAAAACUGUGGUCACAUUUCAAAUAAAAUGUUAAUAUACUUCCCCUUGCCUUUCACUGGUUCCGUAUACACCCAGUUAGAAAACGUUAGACUUGACUGUUUACCUAACUUGCUGAACUGUACCAGUUCGUUCUUUUAAGACGAAUCCUGGUGAUUUUCACAUUUAUAUCAAACACUUUCAGUUUUAUCACAGUGGGGAAAAACGAUUUUCAUACUAAUCAAAUACCUGUCUGCAUGAAAAAUUAAGAACUGGUGAAGAAAAACAGCAGGGUAAAUGAUAAUGAGCAACAUGGGAGUUAGGCCUAUGACAUUGGCUCAAUCAUAUAAUUUACAUAGGAUUUAUGUAGAUCAUUUCUUUGUCAUGUUUCACAAAAUAUUCUUUGUAAAAAAUUAUUUUUAUAUGUAUUUAAAAUAUGCCAGUUUGUAUGGUUAGCUGGUUUGGGAUUUUUGAGUUGGGUUUGUACUUAAUUGUGUAGAUAUUUUAAAAAGUUAUCUCAAAGGUCUCAAAGUUUCCAGUGGUGAAUUGACCAUUUUCUCUUUAAGCUUUCUAAAUAUUAUUUCAACAUUUCUCGUUUCAACUGUUAGACAUACAGUUCACAGCCUAUCAAUUAAAAAUAUACACAACUUUUCAAGCAUGUUAAUUGCUAAAAAGUUUUUUUUACUAACUAACCCCAAAAAUAUCUGAUGUCUAAUGUCAAUUUAAACCAAAUUAGUCCUUCAUGCAGUGUUUAAUAAAUGGCAUGUGAAUGUCUUAAUGUUUUAAUCCUGCAGUUAUAUUAUUACAUUAGCCCACUGCCUGACAUGUAUAAAUGUCACAGGAUUUGAAGUGUUAUUCUAUAUUGGCUAUUAAAGAAACAGUGUAUUCAAUACAGCUACACCUAAAUUAAUUCCAUAAAUCUGCGAGUGCUGAUCUGCUCUGCCAUAAUUUGUUAGAUGCCACAUGCAAGAUGUAAAAUAAGUCACCAGGCAAAUGAGUUCAAAAUGCAUAGUGAUGUAUUCAUACUCUUAAUGACCCACAGUCGUUUUCGGCAACACCAACAGAAAAAAAAAAAUGAAGAAUUUAAACUAGACCAAAGUGGAAAUUUUAGAAGAUUUUCAGUUUUAAGUGAUCGAUACCUGAAACAAAUGUUUUAAAGGUGAACUUUGGAAAGAGUGGCAUGUUGCCAAAAGUUAAAAAUCAGUGGUUACUCAACAAAUCUGGGGCCCUGAUAGAAGGUGUUGGAAAGGAGUGUCUAGUUUGUCCUGAAUGUGUUUAAUUUUCUAGUAAAUUUUGGAAUUUUAGUAAUGUGUGCUCAACUUUAAACUAUCUUUAAAUUGGUCCAAUGCAGAUUUUCAAAACUGUAACAACAUUAAAGAGGCAUUGAUUACAAUUUUAAAA